AUGAGAGAAGAGGUAGCCACAAAGAGAGAUGAGGGAUGUGGAGAAGAAGAGAAAGUUGAGAGUGAAAGAGUGCAAAGUGAGAAAAGUGAGCAAACACAAUGUGAGAAGAGUGACUCAAAGAGUGAAGAGGUUGUGAUUAAAGAGAGUGAAAAAGCUCCCAUGAAGCCCUACAAGCCACCCAUCCCUUUUCCUCAUAGGGUGGUUGAGAAGAAGUUGAAUGAGAAAUAUUCUAAGUUUCUUGAUGUCAUGAAGGGGUUACAAGUGAACAUUCCUUUCCUCCAUGCCAUGGCACAAAUGCCAACUUAUGCAAAGUUUUUGAAAGAACUUCUUACCAACAAGGCAAAGCUUGAAGAAGCAACCGUUUCUCUUCCUAUGGAAGUGAGUGCUAUCAUUCAAAACAAGCUUCUAGAAAAGCAUAGUGAUCCGGGUAGCUUCUCAAUACCGGUAAAGAUUGGUGAUCUAGAGCCAAAGAAUGCCCUUUGUGAUCUUGGGGCAAGUGUUAGCCUUAUGCCUCUCUCUAUGGCUCAAAGGCUAAAUGUUGGGGGAAUGAAGCCUACACGGAUGUCACUUCAACUAGCCGAACGUUCGGUUAGAACACCCUUGGGAGUUUUGGAAGAUGUCCCUAUAUCUAAGGGUCUAGUUUAUUUGUGGAUUGAUAUUGGAAAUUUGGAUUGGAUUAUUUUGCCUUUGAUAUAUGCUUAUAUGGGUUACAGCUGCAUUGUUUAUAUGUUAACUUCUAAUACUUGA